AUGGAGAACCAACGGAGCGCCGUCGGCUGGCGAAUCCACCCUCCUCCGCCUCCCCAUCUCCCCCCUCCAGCCCCUCCAUCCACACAAGGGUUUGAAGACCAGAAAUUUGGGGAAAGUCAAGAAAUCUCCCAAGAAGGUACCUCUAAGAAUUGUGCUAGAGCCAGGUGGAAUCAUCAGAUGAAGGCAUAUCUCAUUGAACUCUUAAAAGAUCAUGAUGUUCCCAAAUAUCGGAUGCAAAAUGCAUGCAGUAAAGAGGCUUGGACAAACAUUGUUGAUAAAUUCAAUCAAAGAUUUAAUGUAUCCUUCACAGUAGUUCAAGUGAAGCAAAAGGAGCAGGAUCUAAAGAGAGAUUUCAAAGUUGUAAAAGGCUUAGUAUCUGAAAGUGGUUUUGGUUGGGAUCGUGACCGAAAGAUGGUGGUGGCUCCAGAUAAUGUUUGGGCUACACUAGAGGCACGUAAAAACAAGGACGCCCUCAUAUGGCGAGAAAAAUCAUUUCCAUACUACGAAGAUCUCUUCGCUCUAUAUGAUGGACGGUAUGCUGAAGGAAGGAGUUGCCGUGGCAUGGAUUAUUAUGUGAGCAAAGCAACACAACUCUCACGGGUUCCAACAUCACAGUCACCACAAUUGCAAGGGCUGGAGAUGCAUUUACACGCACCUACACCAACCAUACAUGCUCCUGGUGAUUCAUCCAUGCGGUUUGACAUUGAAGAAGAUAUUGAUAACACAGAUUGGUUUUCCAGCAAUAAUACAUUCAGUCAAGUCGAGGCAAACUCGGCUCAAGGAAAUGACUCAGCAUUACAUGCUCCAUCACAAGUUGAAACAAUGUUAACUCCCUCAGUACAUGUUGGACAGACCUUGCAUGAAUUUCCACAAGUUGUACAUCGCAAUCCUAGGCCAUCUAGCUCUGCCCCUGAGGCUACUAGCACCAAGAGAGCAAAAAGGCAAAAGACCACAAGUAUUGGUGAUUUUCAUGAGAGAUACCUGCAACUCAAAAGAGAAGAAAUAGAUCGGUAUACAACCAUUCAGGAGAGGAAAUUAAGGGACCCCUUCAGCAUCAAGAAAUGCAUCAAUGAACUUGAAAGGUUGGACGGUCUUCUGAUGGCAGUAACAAAUGGUCCGACAAGAUAUUUGGAUCUCCCAGAAGCAGGAAGAUCUGAUAAAUUAUACAUGAUGGAAAAUACAAACUUCAUCGAUGGUAUUGAGCUUGGGACUAUUCAUCUUGAAGAAGCUAGAGGAUGGUCAGGCAGGACAAUCCAAGCCCUCAAGUCAAUUGAAGACAUUACACAAGACAAAUGGGCAGCAAAGAAAAAGGCAAAAGGAGAAAGGCCCGAAGAACUAUACUGCUACAAUGGAGUCCCAUUCAAAGCAGAGUUAGAGAGUGAUCUAGAACUUUUAGAAGAUCUCAUGCUCCUUCACAGAUAA